UUUCUCUUCUGUUCCUCUGACAUGAUGCCUCUAUGAGAACCACUUAUAUAGCCACAAACAAAUGCUCACUUUACAAAGCCUUCAAACACAUCCCUUUCCUCAGAUCAAAACCCACCCUCCACCCCCACAAAUGGAGUAUGAAGAUGAGGAUUGGUUAUGUGUUACUUUGGAAGAGUUUUCUCUUGCUACUGAAAAUGGUUCUAGCAAGCAAGGGAUGGGUAGGAAGAGGAACUAUGAUGAUGAGACCAGAGAGUUCAAAUCAAAGAAUCUUGAGACUGAAAGGAGGAGGAGGGAGAAGCUCAGUAGCAGACUCUUGAUGCUGCGUGCUAUAGUGCCUAUCAUCACAAAUAUGAACAAAGCCACAAUCAUUGAAGAUGCUAUCACUUACAUUGAGAAGCUUCAAGACAAAGUCCAGAGUCUCAGCCAAGAGCUUCACCAAAUAGAAGCAACUUCAGAGGAAACAGCAGAGACAAAAAUAGAUGAAAUUGAUGCUGCACAAGAUAUGAAGGAUUUGGGGAUACAGGAAGAAGUUAGAGUAGCACAGAUAGACGGUAAUAAACUGUGGGUUAAGAUCAUCAUUGAGAAGAGAAAAGGAAGAUUCAGAAAAUUGAUGGAAGCUCUCAAUAAUUUCAGCAUUGAACUCAUAGACACCAAUCUCACAACCACAAAAGGAGCCUUUCUUAUUACAAGUUGUAUACAGAUGAAUAGAGGAACAAUUAUUGUAGAUGCUAUCACCUACAUUGAGAAGCUGCAAGACGAAGUCCAGAAUCUUAGCCAGCAACUCCAUCAAAUGGAAGCAACCUCAGAAGAAACAACAGAGACAAAAAUAGAUGAAAUUGAAGCUGUGGAAUAUAUGAAGAAUUGGGGGAUACAGGAAGAUAUCACAGUGGCACAAAUAGAUAAGAAUAAGUUCUGGGCCAAGAUCAUCAUUGAGAAAAAAAGGGGAGGUUUCAGCAAGUUGAUGGAGACACUCAAUUACUUUGGCAUUGAGCUCAUGGACACUAAUCUCACUACCACAAAAGGAGCAUUUCUGAUUACAAGCUGUAUGCAGGGAAAAAAUGGAGAAAGACUUGAAAUUAAUCAAAUCAAGGAUUUGUUGCAAGACAUUAUCAAUGACAUGUAGAGAAGUUGCAAUGGACUUUUAUCGAUUAAAUGAUUAAAUAUUGAUUACAAUGUUAUUGACCUAACAGAUGACUAGUUUAUGUUAACUAAUAUGUAUAAAAGUAUGAAUGAAUAAUGAACCUCCAUCCCACCUCUCCAACUAUAUGUAAUGUUUUUUUUUUUUACUAAAAGACUGUUACAAUAAAAUUAAAUCAGUAAAUUUGAAUGGGAACAUAGUCUCAGCUCCUAUUUUUUUAGUGAAAUCAAUCUUACUCCUCUCCAACUAUAUGUAAUGUUUUUUUUUUACUAAAAGACUGUUACAAUAAAAUUAAAUCAGUAAAUUUGAAUGGGAACAUAGUCUCAGCUCCUAUUUUUUUAGUGAAAUCAAUCUUACUCCUAUAAUUUCUUCUUACAUGUUCUUUUAUGUUUUUAGUUUUACUUUGUUCUACUUGAAGAAGCAAAUGUUCUAAAGAAUAAAUGACUAAAGAAAAAGAAUAUUCCUUACGAACAAUCCUUGUACUGUUAUUACAUGAGGAUAUACACAGAGACAAGAACCUGAAAGGCUGAGUCUGCUUAAACCAUAAAGUAAAAUAAAAGACAGCUAUAAAGUAAAAUUAACAUUGUCCAUUUUCUGCUCAUAUAUUUUUGUUGUACUUCAAAAUGGAGAUAGAUUUCCAAGGCUGAAGAGAAGAGGAGAGGGGAACAUUAUAUAACAUAUCUAAUUCUGACCAAACAAGUUCUUAUUAUUUCUCAGG